AUGUAUUUCCUCGCUUCGGUGAUGCUCACUCUGGUCGCCAUCAAUGGUGUGCAUGCUGCUGUGACCAGCACUGCGUUCUCCACGGCCACUCCCAGUCCAAACCCUUCGGAGCGGUCAGCAAAUCCACCGGAAACUGCGAGAACAAUGGUGAAUACCCACUCAUCACGGAUAUCUGUGGCGGAAAGAUAUGGCUGUAUCCCUACGGCCCCGAGGAAGACCGUGAAAUCUUCAUCCCUCCCUGGGUAG